AUGAGAUUAGGAUGCUCAUUUAAACCAAAAAAUUAUAAAAGUUUGAGAUCUUUUGAUAAUGAUUUUUGAAAAUUUCUUUUUGUAUAUUCGAGUAAAGAAUGAAGAGUAAGGCGAGUUAUCAAUUAUUUCAUGAUGAAAAUAGAACUUACUACUAUAAAAUAUAAAUUAACUGAAACCAAACUCAAAAAAAAUAAUUUACAAGUUUACUGAUGAAAAUGCUAUAACAAUGACUUAUUGAUGAUGAAAACUGACGGUUCCAUGCGCACUCUACCGAAAAAUAAGAUAUAG